UUUUUCCUCCGAUUUUCCUUUCACCUCGUUCUGACAGAUCAAAACAAAUCUUCAGACAUUAAAAAAUCGCGUGCAUUCGCCGACGACAACGAGGUGGCUCAAAAAUUAUAAAAAUAAUUCGUUCCACAGAACACUCUCAUAACCGACCACAAUGGACGUGCUGAGCCGACCCGCGGACGAGUUUGUCAACGAUGGCAUGGUGGAGGAACUUUGGGCCAUGAAAGCGGUCGAGCACGCCGAAAUUCACUUCAACCUGCUGUGCAGCGUCGAUCCGCGCCAGCUCCACCUCACCCCGUACGAUAACGAAAUUUACGAAGAGUUCCGCCGGAAUUUCCCCGACCUGGACGUUUCGGUGGUGAAGGAGGCCGACCUUAAAAGUGGCGACGGAAAGGCCAAAUGGCGCGCGUACGUCGAAAAGUUCAACCGGCUGGAGGACUUUAGCUACGGGACGCUGCUGCGGGCCGACGCAACCGAGGAAUUCCAACCGGACAAUGCCAUCCUGGUGGUGAGGAUUCAAUUUUGGGCGAUAGAAGUGGCCCGGAACCGGGAGGGCUGCAACGACGUGCUUCGGGGGAAGUUUCGCGGGCGCAGCAAAAAGGAGGAAUAGAGACGGGAUUAAUUUGUAAAAAAAAUGUUUGCGUCUUUUGCUGGUUGGCCUUCGGAUAUGAUGACCGCCCCGGGGUCAUAGCGAAACAGCGGGCAGAUUAAUCCUAGAAAACCGAUUUCAACCGGGCAGAUUUAUGAUGGAUAACCGCGUUUAAAAUCAUAAAUUGCGUAGUAUUUGUUUUUGUAUCAUUUUGCUUGCUACUAGAAGAAUAUUAACGUGUUUGAAAGUGGGAAGGGCUUCUUCGGGCGCUGGCAGAAGAGGUGAUAGUGUCCUCCCGGUUUUAGGCGUGCAGCUCCGAACCCUGCUUCUUUUCGAUUCUCUGUUUUCUCAGCAGCAGUCG